UUUUUCCCCGUCUGAACGAUAUAGUGGGUGUAGGAGCCUAGGAGUCCAAAAAGAAGAAUCCUAUCGUGAAAAUCUGAGAGUUCAGCAGAGCUUUUUAAGAAUCAAAGAUGGCAUGCAUGUCAAGCCCUCCGUCAUCCUCAUCAUCGUUGCUUCUUCCAACCGAGUUGCUUCCAAGUCGCUCAGUGAAACCCACUUCGUUUUCUUGGACAUGUUCCUUUCCCAAGCUUGGCAUCUCCUCCAAUUCCAUCACGCACCCACCUAUCCCCACACUGAAAAAGGAUUCUUUCAUUCAAGCUGCUGCCUAUACUCGGAGGUCUCGAGGUGAGGCUGCUAAAAGACCAAAUAAGAAAUCAUGGAAACAAAGGACAGAUAUGUUCAUGAGACCAUUUUUACUAAAUGUUUUCUUUUCAAAGCGAUUUAUCCAUGCCAAAGUUAUGCACCGGGGUACCAGCAAAGUGAUAUCUGUUGCUACUACGAACUCCAAGGAUCUGAGAUUUUCGUUACCAUCGCUGACCGAUGACAAUGCCUGCCGAGUUGUAGGGAAGCUGAUUGCAGAGAGGUCAAAGGAAGCUGAUGUAUUUGCAAUGUCUUAUGAGCCCCGAAAGAAUGAGAGAAUUGAGGGUAAGCUGGGGAUUGUUAUUGAUACCAUUAGAGAGAAUGGGAUUAUGUUUGUUUAAAGUAUAUGCCAGGAUUUGGAAUUUAUUUUCACCUGGUGAUGCUCUGCCCUCUGCUUGGAAGUUUGUAGGUUCCUUUUAGAUGCUUCAACUGUACUCGAGUGAAUGAAAGAGAAUUUUGGGGGGAAGGGGAGAUCACUCUCCUAAUGUAUGAAGUACUAUUGCAUUUAUGGAAUUUUCCUUUGCUUUGUCCGUCCA